AUGUUUUUCUAAUUUAAUCGAAAAUAAAAAUAAAAAUUCGCCGGAAUUUGGGUGGAUUAAAGUUUGUAUAGACCGAUUCUGGAACUAAAGCCCUUAAAGAAUGGAGGAUUUUGUGAGUUAUUUUUGGAAAGCGAUGGAUGAUAUGAACAUUGAGUAUGUAAUAUGAAUCCCUUUGGAGGCCAUUUCGAUCGAAACCAAUAUCAUUAGAGAGCAAUAAUGGAGUCAUUCCGAGGACAAGGUGGCAUUCAAAUGCUAUUAUCUGCAGAACAAGAUGCCCAGCAAGUCAUAUCCACCGCUAGAAACAAGAAGAUGGCCAGACUGAAACAAGCUAAAGAUGAAGCUGAAAGGGAAGUGGCCCAGUAUCGUGCCCACAUGGAGGCUCAAUAUCAGAACAAACUCUCUGAGACAAAUUCUGGGUCCUAUACGCAACGGCUGGAAGAUGAAACCAAGGUUAAGAUCCAGAAUUUGAAAGAAUCAUCCGAACGAGUUUCAAAGGAUGUUGUUCAUAUGCUUCUCCAAUAUGUUGCCUCUCCCAGAAUUUAGAACAACGGUUGGAGGUUGAUAAUUGAGGGUGGAAUCUAUAAAAGUAAGCAUGCAACCUUGGGAACUGGAAAGAAGCGAAGAAGCAAGCAACCUUGUCGAGAAGGAAUUGGAUUGGCCGGCGCACACAGCAAUCCCUUUCAUUUUAUAAAAAUUUGUAGUAUUAGAAUUGUAUUCAUAUGUGGAAGAAGUAAUGCAGCCCAUG